AUGACUUGGCUGGAAUCUGGUGAAAUAUCUGGUGAAGCGACUACUCAGACUGAUGAAGAUGGAUUUUAUUAUGAGACUACUGGAAAGUACAGAUAUACAUUGACUCGAAAGAAAAAUGCCGAAGAACAAGAAUGUGACAUAUCGGAAAUGGAUACUAUCGAAUAUCCCUACUGUCGCGAAAAAAUGCAAUGGAUGAAAGAAGGAUGGCGAACACAUGAAUGUUAUGCAUUUUACGGCGUAAAUGGAACGUUCUGCUCAUUUAGGAUUUAUCUUUCUGAGGUCGAAAAGUAUUGUCCAAUUUUGUCGUGGCGUAAGGUCGUAAAAGAUGACACUGCAGUUCUGUCAGAAGAUAAAGUACUCCCGGUAGAACGAAUGCUGUCGGGUCUUUUUAAACUUAUGUUUGAUAAUAAGCUGAAUUAUAAAUUUAUAAGGAAUCGAAUCUCUCUUUUAUGGCCUAAAUGGUUGAGUGCUUACGAUGAAUUGAUGAUUAAAUGGCCAAAAGUCGCAUCUCCACGGCCAAAAUUGAAUAUAAUAAUGCACAUGGGUUUCCUGAGCAGGGAAUCUGGUUUCAAAUUCGGUGAGCUUUCAUCUACUGGUGGUCCACUUGGAGAACUUGUGCAGUGGUCCGAUUUGAUUUCAGCACUUUAUCUUCUGGGUCAUAAUCUCAUGAUUUCUACUGAAGUUAAAACAUUGAAAAAAAAUUUAAAGAAAAUCGAUUAUAAACAACAUUGUCCACUUCAAGGUGAAAAAGUAAUUAAUUUGCUUUUCACUGAUAUUGUUGGCCUUAGAUGUACAAUACGAGUUCUGGAUUCAUUCGGCACACAUGCGGAAUUCAAUUCCCAAAAUUACUUUACCACUCAUAAAAAUUCAUUAGGUGGAUCAGGGAAAAAUCCGUGGGGUAACCAUCAAUUGAAUUUGCAGCAGUUCAUGACAAUGUUUCCUCAUACAGAUGAUAACACUUUUCUCGGGUUUGCGGUGGAAAUGUAUCCGGUUAACCAGGAUAUCAAGAGAGAUAAUAUUACAUUGGUUUAUGGUAAAGCAGGCUAUAUGUGGAAAGAUGCGAAACGACUCAUAGAAAAAGUACGAAAAUUUACGGAUGUGCAUGCAACAGUUAGCGAUGAUUUGCCAGAUUUCGACAGCCUUAUAAUAAAUCAUGGAGUUUUAACAGGCCCCGAAUUGCACGCCCUGAUGAGAAGGACGAAGAUAUUUUUGGGUCUUGGUUUUCCGUUUGAAGGCCCUGCGCCAUUGGAAGCCAUUGCAAGCGGUGUUGUUUUCAUCAACCCUUCGUUUAAUCCGCCAAAAUCACGGAAAACAUCUGAUUUUUUUAAGGACAAACCAACUUUACGCAAACUAACGAGUCAAAAUCCUUAUGCGGAACUUUUCAUCGGUAGGCCCCAUGUGUUAACUGUUGAUAUUGAAAAUUCAUCGCAAGUGGAAGAUGCAAUACGUGAAGCUUUGCUUUCAAAACCUACCGCAUAUAUCCCUUUCGAAUUCACAGUCCUAGGAAUGCUGCAGCGAGUCAUUAUUCUUAUUUCGAAGCAGGACUUUUGCUAUGUCAGCCGUUUUCCUCCUCCACAUGCUAUGCUAACUGUUGAAGCGGUUCCAAUGCAAUCUUGUCAAGAUGCAUGUCGGCAGCGCAAUCUUCUAUGUGAGCGUUCAUUCUUCCGUGUCGUGAAUAUGCCUGGAUUCCUGAACAAGAGCGGAUCAUGCGCCGCACUGAAGAGUAUUUCAAGUCCAUAUGCACCAUAUGAGUGCUCAAAACAAGAAAAUCCAGAUUUGUAUAGCUGUGCAUCCGUUCCGAUCAUUCCGAGUAUCCGACGAAUUUGCCCCUGUCGCGAUUGCAUAUCGGGUCAGACGGCCCUCUGUUCUUCUUGUAUAUGA